GAAAAAUGGCGUCAAAUGCGAGCAACAUUGAGUCCAGCAUUCACCGGGAGCAAAAUGCGUCAGAUGUUCGAUUUGACAUCGGAAUGUGCCGAGGACGUUGUCAAGCAUUUCUUGAGCAAAGUCAAAAGUGGAGAGAGAAUUAACGCCGAAAUGAAAGAAUUCGCAACUCGUUAUACAAAUGACGUCAUUGCUACCUGUGCAUUUGGACUUAAAAUCAACUCAUUUUCAAAUCCAGACAAUGAUUUUUAUAAAAAUGGAAUUUCACUCUUGACAUACCGCGGUUGGUGGGAUGUUGUUAAAUCAAUCGCAAAGGUUUCAAUUGCGAAAAUCACGCGUGUUUUCAAACCAAAGAUAGUUGAUGAAACAAUUACGAAUUGGUUCAAAUCAUCGAUUUUGGAUACGAUGACGAAACGACGCGAGAAAAAUAUCGUUCGACCGGAUAUGAUAAACAUUUUGAUGCAGCUUCGUGAAGGUAGUCUGACGCAUCAAACAGACGACAGUAAAGAUGAGAACGUAGCACAUGAUGAGUUUGCAGUCGUCGAAGAGUCAGAGUUGGGAAAAAUGAAAGUGACUCGCAAAUGGAGUGAAAAUGAACUAAUCGCUCAGUGUUUUAUUUUCUUCUUGGCCGGAAUGGAGGUUUCAUCGUGGGCAAUCACUUUUGUUGUCUAUGAACUGAUCGUCAAUCCAGACAUUCAACAGAAAUUGUACGAAGAAAUUGUCGCAGUGAAUGAUGGACUAGAUGGGAAACGAAUUACGUACGAUUUGAUUCAAAAGAUGAAAUUUUUGGAUCAAGUCGUUUCGGAAACGCUUCGGAAAUGGCCAAUUGUAUUGGAAACAGAGCGCAUGUGUACUAAGGAUUACGUUUAUGAUGACGGCGAAAAGAAGUUUAUGAUUGAAAAGGGAUCAUCCAUCAUAUAUCCGAUUUAUGCGAUCCAAAGAGAUCCCAAAUACUUUCCAAAUCCCGACAUAUUUGAUCCAACACGCUUCUCCGAUGCAAAUAAACACAACAUAUUGCCAGGAUCUUAUGCUCCAUUCGGAAUCGGUCCGCGCAGUUGCAUUGCCUCUCGUUUUGCUCUAAUGGAAAUCAAAGUAAUGCUGUAUUAUUUGCUGCUGAAUUUCUCGCUUGAGCCCAACAAAAACACACAAAUUCCAUUAAAAAUGAAAAGAACUAUAGCCAUGGUUACCGAAAAAGGUGUACAUUUGGAAUUGAAGCCGCGAAAAAUAUGAAAACUUCUGUUUUUUUUUUCAUUGCUGAAUUCUGCUACAGGGAAUCGAUACAAACAAAAUAACAUGUCAUUUAUAACCAGUGAAUUUUUAUAUCUCCAAUAUUGUAACCUCACGAAUUUAAAAAAGAGCUCUACAAAAUAAACAUACAAUUAACCAUUUAAAAAAA